AGAAUGUACUAAAUAUACCGACAUUUGAGGGACUGCUAGAGGUGGAAGUACAUCGAUGAUACCUGAUGUUUUGCAAGAUGGAGAAGCAUGGCCAGGAGGAAACUGCGCAUUCCAGCCGGAUUGCAGGCAGCAGCAGCAAGGAUGGCGAUGAUGGAGGCGGCGGUGGCGGUAUCAGUGGCGGCGGCGGAAGCGCGAAAGGCAUUGUUGUAAAUGCAGCACUUGGUGAUACAGAGACACGCAUACGAAUCAAUAAAUGGCGCGUACGCGAAGGACAAUUCGUGUCGGCAGCACAAAUCCUGUUUCUCUACCAGGAAGUUGGAGACGAUGGCAAGCCGUCAAAGGCCGGCAACAUUACAGUCCACAAAUACAAGUCAAAUCGUGCCGGAGUUGUCAAAAAGCGGCUUCGCAAAGACGGCGAAAUGGUUGUGAAGGGGGAUGCGAUUAUGGAGUUGUCCGAAUGCAUACACACAACCGUCAUCAAGGAUAUGUGCGCGGACUGCGGUGCCGAUUUACGAAAAGAUGACAAUGGCCAAACCUCUGAGGCCUCAGUGCCGAUGGUGCACACCAUGCCGGACCUCAAAGUCACACAAAAACUGGCCCAGAAGCUGGGCCAUGACGACACACGACGCCUGCUGGCCGACCGCAAGCUUGUGCUACUCGUUGAUCUCGACCAGACGGUCAUCCAUACCACCAACGACACCGUUCCGGAGAACAUCAAGGGGAUCUACCACUUUCAGCUAUAUGGCCCACAGUCACCUUGGUACCACACGCGACUGCGCCCCGGCACAGCCGAGUUCCUAGAGCGCAUGUCCCAGCUGUACGAGCUGCACAUCUGCACAUUCGGCGCCCGUAACUAUGCACACAUGAUUGCUCAACUGCUCGACCCGCAGGGCAAGUUCUUCUCGCAUCGCAUACUGUCACGCGAUGAAUGCUUCAAUGCCACCAGCAAGACGGACAACUUGAAGGCUUUAUUUCCGAAUGGUGAUUCGAUGGUGUGCAUCAUUGACGAUCGAGAGGAUGUCUGGAAUAUGGCAUCCAAUUUGAUACAAGUCAAGCCCUACCAUUUCUUCCAACACACCGGCGACAUCAAUGCCCCGCCGGGACUGUCCAAGCACGAGUUGGAUGGCGAAGGUGUCGACUUCAAAGAUAUGGCAGAGAAAGAAGAGGAAAAAGAUAAGGUAGAUGUGGAGAGUGAAAUAAAAACUGAAGACCCCGAUAAAGGCGACAACACGGUGUCCAGCACAAGCAAAGACGAGGACGGCAAUGAAGAACCCGUUGACGUACUCGGGCAUGAGAGCGAUCCAAAGGAUGCAGAGGUGACAGAUGCCUCGAUUGUCACAGAGUCAAAAGAGUUGUCGGACAAGGUGAAUGGCAAGGUUACGGAUGUGGAUGUGGAUGUGGAUGCAGAUGCGGAUGCAGAUACGCUUGUAGAUAAUAAUUCAACUGGCACGCCGGACCCACACAAACCGGCCAGCGAUAGCGAAGACAUAGUCGUGGAUGAUGUAACAUCGGAGAACUCUAAGGAUAGCACAAGUGCGCUUAAGAUUGAUGGCAGAUUGAUGGAGAUUGACUCGAAGACAACUGCUGUCGAAACGACCGAAAAAAACAACGAUCUGGUGGAGUCAUCAACUAGUCCAGUGGAUAAUCAGAACCAAGUUGGCGGGGAAGAUGCCGCCACUACGUCAAAGAUUCCAAUCGUCAAAGUCAACCACGACGAGGGAAAACUCAUUGAGAUUGAGGACCCAGAUGACUACCUACUCUACUUGGAGGUCAUAUUGCGCAACAUACACAAGCGCUUCUAUGCGAUCUACGACGAGACCAUGGAGAUUCCAGACUUGAAGAUAAUUGUGCCUAAAAUUCGUUGCGAAGUUCUGCGCGGCAAGAAUCUUGUGUUUUCUGGCCUAGUGCCAACGCAAAUGAGACUGGAGCAGUCUCGCGCCUACUUCAUAGCCAAGAGUCUGGGUGCCGAGGUGCAGCCGAACAUUAAUAAGGAGAGCACACAUCUGGUGGCAGUCAAUGCGGGCACCUACAAGGUAAAUGCCGCCAAAAAGGAGGUCAACAUCCGUGUGGUCAAUGCCAAUUGGCUGUGGACCUGCGCCGAGCGUUGGGAGCAUGUGGAGGAGAAGCUAUUCCCGUUGGACCGCAAAGUGCGCAAUAAAGGCCGACAGCCGCCCGCACAUUGCCACAGUCCCGAGCAUGUGGUGAACUACAGCGAACGAUCGGAGAUAUCGCCAUCAAGCAGUAAGCAGCAGGAGGAGCAGAGUGGUAACUUUCGGGAAACCCUCAAUCCCCUGCUGGUCCUCACAAACGAGGAAAUUGACUCCAUGAACAAAGACUACGAUACGUUCUUCGAGUCUGACUCGUCCAGUGACGAGGGACCCGUCAACUUUGAAAAUCCACCCAUGGACAAGAAACUGCUUAAGCGCAAGCGUGAAGAUGAGAACUCGAAUCGGGCCCACGAUUUCUUUAUGCGCACUGGCGAUGUGAUGAUGGGAGCGCCGAGUCUUGCUGAAUUUGAUGAGGAUGAACGCGAGCGCGAUGACAAUAACGAAGACGAAGAGGAAGAUGACGAUGAGAUUCCUAGCGCCAAAUUUCGACGAGGUGAGGAGCUGCCGUCGGAUUUGGAAAUUGGUUCGGAUUCGAACAGUGAAAACAACCAGGAGGAUGAGGAUGAUGGCGAAUGGAAUAUGAUGGGAGCCGCUCUGGAGCGGGAAUUUCUGGGGCUAGAAGAUUAACUAUUUGUCAUUAAGAAUGUCUGCGAGGCUUUCCAAGACGGAAACCAACCUACAAAUUAACAACAACAACAGCAGCAGCAGCAGUAAAACAAAUGCGCAAUCGAAAAUCAGCUAUCAGUUACAUAUUGAUGUAGAAUAUCUAGGUAUACCGCCUAUGUAUAGGAUCUGUAUGUAGUAGUUAACUUAAAAUAGUUUUAAGCAAUUCGCUGAGAUACGCUCCUUUUAAAAAACAAAAAACAAACACUCCAGCCCCAGCCCUACCCCUCAUCGUCACGCAUUGAAAUUGUAAUCAAAAAACAUCUCACGACUUAAAUCUUAACUCUAAUCUAAUGUAAAUUGAUAUGCUGUAAAUGUUUUACAAAAUAAAUUCCGUUGAAACGGA